AGUUAGUUAGGUCAUACUGUAAGCUUGAAUAAUUUAUCCCUUUUUAAUUUCUAUUGGUUGAAGCCGGCGACGAAGAGUAAUAUCCAAAAUGAAAAUUACGAAAACAAGACUCCAAAUCCCAAGUCAAACCAAUUUUCUCUCUGAGAAGAAAAGAGAUUGAAGUUUCACAUUCACUUUCAAUGGAGAAAUUGGAAACGGAGAUGGAGUCUAUGGGUCUGCAAUCGAGUGACGACGACCUCGACCAAGCGGAGGAUUUGUGCAGGGAGAACGACGUUCCGUUUCAAGAGAAGGUGGAUACCGCCGAUAGUUGGAGAGAGACUAACAAGGUAGUUCCCGCCGUAGUGGUGCUGCGUGUUACUGCCUGUCGUUCCUUCGACACCGAACUUCCUUCCUCUGGCUCCGCCACUGGCUUCGUCGUCGAUAAGCAACGUGGCAUCAUCCUCGAACCGUGGCUUGAACGCAAGAUCUCUACUGGCAUCCUAUACCCCCUACCACCUGCAGUAGGCAUAAAAGUCUUUCUUUUGCUAAUUUACUUUUUAACGCUUUUUGUCACCAUAUGCAGGUAACUGUUAAGUGAAAGCUAAGUGCUUUAUCUGCUGGCCUAUUGUAUGAAGCUUAAGGAUCAAGACUUGAUGUUCUCAAUUCAGCACUGAAUGAAUGUUAUCACUCUGCUGUGGAUCAUUUUCUUUUAGGUGGUAACCAAUUGGGACUGGUUACAAUUGAGUUCAGUUAUGUGUUUCUUUUUGCCCUGAAGAUUUUGAUAAUUCAUCAGUAGUUUCUUAUUCAUUACUUUUCCAGUAUUAUGAGGAAUUUUGUUUUCAAAGAACUGUGAUGUGAUGCCUUGGUUCAAGAAAUUUAAUAUAGGACCAUCUUUUAAACUGUUCCUUUGUGGUAAUAAACUCUAUGCCUAUGAUAUUGAUUCUUGAUCAUCUUUAUUGUUUCCUAUUUUCAAGCCUCUCUAUGGUGUCCUGUCAUUUUAUUGGAGAGGAGAUUCAAGGUAUGUGAGAAGUGUGCUAACUUUGAUUGGUUGAUGAAAUGUAUUUAUGCUCAAUCCCCUUUGUUGUCGAGCGCAGGUUAUCUUAUCAUUAACUGAAAGCUGAGAGUUGUUAGUGCAACGGAUAGAGGCUUGACGGUUGAAUCUUCACAUCAGCUUCUCAAUGAAUAUAUUCAUUUUGCUGCAGGGAUUUACUUCUUAGGCAGGUAUGAGGCCCUUCGGGGUGUUAUUGUAAUUCAGGUAGAGAAUGUGCUUGGCGUCCCAAUUCCGAAGGCAAACUCGGCCCAUUAGACGCACAACCUGAUCGUAGUCGGGAUCCAACUAUUCAAGCUGGAAAAGGAUGGUUUAGCCUCUGCUGCUGGUGACUACCGGCAUAUUACAGAGGUUGCAACAUCUCUAAAUUGUGGGUUUUCCUUAUUUAGCUGUGCCCAAGAACUACUUAUGAUGUUAAAUGGUAGGCAUGAAUUCACAGUAAUGACAAUUUUGAUGGUAUUUGAUAUUCUGGUUCUUUUGGGUAGAGUUUUCAAGCCAAGUUUGUGGUGUAUUUUUAUAAUUGUAUGCAAAUAUACUUCAUAACUUCAUUAUAUCAAGGCAGUGGCACCAAAAUACAACAACUGGGAAAGCCCAAUGAGAGGACGUGAAAUCCAGCCAAGGGGACAAGGUAAAUUAAGCAGACUUAAGACACCUACUAUGCAACUUGAUUUUGUAGAGUAUGAUGUUGGAUUAUUGUUAUUCUUGUGAGUAAAUUAAUCAAGCAACUUACUGAACA